AUGGCAUCAGAUUUUAUUGCAGAAGACCUGGACGACAUCUCUAUUUCCAGCUGUUGUUUAGAAGAUGAGGAUGAGGACGAAGAAGAUGAGGAUGAAGAAAAUGAGGACAAUGAAAAUGAGGAUGAAGAAGAUGAGGAUGAUGAAUGUGAUCAUGAAGUGUUGUAUGUUGAAAGUGAUCAGGAUGUGACCUUUGAACAGGAAACAACGGUGGGCGUUGAGAAAUCAGAAGCGGCGUCUGGUGAGUCUCAGAUCACAAAAGGAGCCAAACAGGUAUUAAAAUCUCAUCAAUCAAGUGAUCCUGCACUGGUCCCUGCUAAAAAGAAAGCACGCCAUCGAAAGGGCCAAAAAAAGAAACCUACAGCACCCAAAUGUAAAGAAGAGGAGAUUAUCACUGAGGAGGAGCUGAAACAAGAAGAGAACGAAAACCAGUGGAAGAUGACGAAGACGGUGGCGGUGGGAGCUGGUGUGGCGGCAGUGGCGGUGGCCACUGUGGGUUUAGCGGUGGUUACAGGAGGAACGUCUUUACUCGCCAAGGCUGCAAUUCUUGCAGGUAUAGGUGCAGUAAAAAAAAUGACAAAGAAGAACAGUAAAAAAAAGAAAUAGAAACAAUGUAGUACUGUAAACAUUCACUGCAGAGAAUUUUGAAGAACUGAGAAACAGAACAUAAUAGUUUUAUGUAUGACAUGGUUAUGAAAUAGUUUUACCACAUACAGUUGAAGUUAGAAUUAUUCACCCCCCGUUUAUUUCUUUUUCCCGUUUUCUGUUUAAAAGAGAGCAGAUUUCUUCAACACAUUUCUAAUCAUAAUAGUUUUAAUAACUCAUCUCUAAUAACUGAUUUAUUUUAUCUUUGUCAUGAUGACAGUAAAUAAUAUU